AUGUUGAUACCGGUGUCGUCAUCGCCGUCAUCCAGCAACGGCGACGGGGCCAUCAAGCUUUUCGUGGGACAGAUACCCCGACAUCUGGAGGAGGACGCGCUUAAACCGAUGUUCGAGGAGUUCGGCAAGAUCUACGAGUUCACCGUGCUCAAGGACAAGUACACUGGGAUGCACAAGGGCUGUGCAUUUCUCACCUACUACAGUCGUGACAGCGCAAUCAGCGCCCAGAACGCUCUGCAUGAGAAGCGGACUUUACCAGGGGUAAGUUCACUUGAUCUUCCUUUGGAACUGACUACUCUACUUCCCCAUCUUCCCAGGGUAAGUCUUUAUAGAGUGAACUGAUCAAGCAGACAUUUAACCUAAGAUUCCAUUUUUGGAGCAGUUCUCAUUAUUUAGAUUGGACGGAGAUUCCGAUUAUUCCCAGGAAUUUAAUAGUAGGUUUUUAUAAUGUAGUUACUUUCAUAGUUUAAAUGGUUGAGCUAAAUGUAGA